AUGACAUCACUUGUGGAGGUUUUAAAACAUGUUUGUAGUUUUUUGAAUCAAAAUGACUUGAUAAGUUUAAGUCAAGUCUCCAAAGAGCUCAAUGAAACUGUAAUCAAGCCAAGAUUGUAUAAAAGAAUAAGGGUCACCAAAAAUCCUAUCAUACGGACAAGUAAUUGGUAUUUAGAUUGUGGUAUUACAUAUGUGAGUGGAUACAGGUCAAUGAUUAAAACAGAUGAUCAAAAUGAUUUGUUUUUGUAUGAUAGAAUUGAAAGACUACUUGAAGCUCCAAAUUUAAAAUAUGUGAAGGAAUUAUAUGUGGAAGAUAAAGUGUUCAGCGAUGUUGAAUCGGGAUAUUCUAUAUUGAUGAAAUUGGUUAAUAAGAUUUUAUCAUAUGGGAACGUUGAAGUGAUAGAUAUUAGAGAUGUACAAUUGUGGACUAAAUUAGAAAAUGAUAUUUUGAGUAUAUCUAAUUUAAAUUUAAAACAAAUAAAAUUAUCAGACAUAAAUAAACUAAAUCAAAUAUCGAAUUUAAAAAGCUUAAAGCAAUUGGAAUGUAGCAUUGAAGAACCUCCAUGGAAUUUUGCAGAUUCUAAUUUAAGCAAAAUAUUAAAUGAAAGAAUUGAAUUACUUAUAUUGAAUCCAAAAGUUUCUCACUUUUCUAGUUACCGUUUAUUUGAUUAUUUAUAUAAUCAUGGAUUCAGAUUCGAUAAUCUAAGAUCUUUGAAAAUGACAUAUGUUCAUUCACCUUUAGAUUUUGCCAGUGAUGCAAACGAUAUAAUCUUACAAUUUCUUACUGAACGAGUAAAUCUAUCCCAGAUAGUUAGAUUGGAAUUGACAUUGACAUGUAUUCAUCCAACUGACGAAUGUUAUUGUAUCGAAGAUUUUCUACAAAUUCUGUGUCCCCAUUUAGUGAAUUUGAAAAGUUUAUCACUUAUUCAAAAGUAUGAGACAGAGAACCAUGGAGAUUCAUCUAAAAACGAAUUCUGGGACUUAACCAUAUGCAAAUUUUUAUCGAAUUUACCUAAUGUGAAUAAAAACUUAAGGCACCUAUUGAUUUUGCACGAUCCAUUAUGGAAUGGGACAGGUAUAGAUAAUGUUGAUGGAAAUUACAUUAGAAGACGGCAGAUCUUCAAUUCUGUAUUAUCACAAUUAAGAUCAUUACAGACAUUAAUAAUUCCAAAAAUGUUACAAUCUGUAGCACCAUAUGAGAUUAUAGCAUGCGAUUUUUUGUGGAAUGGUUGUACAUGUUCAUUUUGUCAAGUAAAUUUACCUAAAUUUGAUGAAUAUUUAAUGAACCAUCAAUAUUAUGAUGCAGCAUCGUCUCAAUAUAAAGAUAUUAUACCGUCUAGAUUUGUUGGAUACAUAGGAGAAGAGUUAUUCAAAAGAAACGAUCCAUAUAUUAGAACAAGUUGGAUGUUGGAUAUUAAGGGGUUAUCACCAUUAGAAAAUUACUGGAAUUUCCAUGGACAUGAGAAAUUACAUCAUUUUAAUGAUUAUAAUUGUAAAACUAAUGAAAUGAUAUAUCCAUCAUUGGUAAAAUGUAUAAGUCAUUUUUUUAAUGGAUAUAUGUAUCAUAUUGUGCAACAUUUACCAAAUUUGAAUAUGUGUAUUCUAUCUGGAAUAUAUUACAAGGUUGAUGAAAGUUCAAAAGCUAAGAACAAUAAAGAUAAAGAUAAAUAUGAAUACAAACCGUAUGUUCCUAAUCACGAAACGUUCUUUACUACAAUUGUAGAUACCAGUAGCAGUCAAGCCCUGAAAUGUCCAGUUGAUUAUUAUUCAAUAUAUGAUUAG